GAGAAUCCAGAAUUUUCGAGAUCUGUGGAAAACGCCUCAAAGUUCACGCACUGAGAAUUUUUUGCAUGAAUGGCUAAGAACGGUUUGAUGUGAAGCUUGAAAAAAAGUAAAAUACAUUUGCUUCUUGUAUUCCACAACAAGUUUGUGUUGCAGCCCAAGAGGAUAAAAGUAACAAAAAGUACAUAAUAAUGUGAGUUUGCUUAUGUCUAGUACCCCAGCAUUAAACAGAGAGAAAAAGCCUGGAGAGACAGAGAGAGGGCGCUCGCAACCACACCGUUACCACUGACAUUUUCUCAGUGCAUAAGGAAAUUGUGGCACUGGCCAACGAGCGUUUUUAAUUGUACCAGUGGCCACAUGUUCGUCACUCCUGUAGGUGUGAUUUAAUAAGUUUGCUUUUGAGAAAUGUUACUUUUCAAUUUGCAGCUCACGCAAUUAUUUUUACCUUUACGUGUAAAGAGCAACUCAUUUACUCAUUGUCACUUAAAGGAUAUUUGUUAUCGGUUGAGUCAACUUGCCUUCCUCGAGCUUAGCCCCGCCCCCCCCCAAUUUUUUUGAGCUGUUUGGCAGAACAGCGAGCAUACAGCAGCUGGAAACCAUGCACUGGCAGACACACAACACCGCUGCAUGGGCACCUUUUUAUGCUGAGAAACUAAUUUCUGUGCUCGCCACUUUUUGCCGUUUUUAUAGCAAAACUAGUAUUCAUUGCUUUGCCAACGCUAUCUACCGAAUGCAGCACUUCUACCUCCCUAGCCCAUAACAUGGGCACGAGAUAACGACGUCAAUAAACUAGUUUCAAGUGUAGAAUACACAUGGGUUGGGCCUGAUAGCAUGUGUACUGCAGAGUAUAAUGUGCAAUGGUGUGCAACCCACAAACUCGCAAUCAAUAUAGCGAAGGCCACUAUUAUUGAAUCAAUACAAUAUUGUUGCCCAUAUGCGCGCACACUAUAUAUCCUUUUUAACCACCUGUAUUGUCAAUGUUCAUCCAACAGCACAGCAUGACCUGUGUAGGUCACUAGUGCUGUACACGUAGGCGUAGCAGGCUUUCAUGACUGCCGCUUCGGUUUCCAUUAGCCCUAGCUAUCUUUGGCAACAGUUUACCAGUACAGAACGAAGGUGAUUUCAGUACAGUGAUUAAGAUCGACCCCGUCAUCCUCACGGCCAUCAAGACGAUGAAAAGUACUCACAGAAUCGGAUUUGUUUGAGGCUUUCCUCGUCAACUGAACAGGGGGCAAACCGUUUGGAAACGAGAUAUAUUUGAGGCGUUUUAGGCGUUGUAGUGUGGAUUGCCUUGACAGCAUCACCAUCGAACUCAAGAAGUCGCAACAUCCAUCAACAUCGCAUCCGCUAAGAAGGCGGCCAUGUUUUACUCACGAGCUAAACUGGCCAUAUGUUUCAUUUCAACAAGGUUAAACUCAACGCGAUAGCUCCCCUGUCAAGUGCGUUUAUUCUCCAUUCAAUAUAUAAUAACUAUUAUAACAAACGAAGUUAUCGUAUAUGAAAUAUUAAGGAUGGGAAAUCCGAUAGAGUACGACCCAAAUGAGCUAAUGAAAUUGAAGGAACGUUGUGAGAUUAUCUUCAACGCAGAUCCAUCGCAGUACUUAACGGAGCCCAGCAUUAUUCGAUUCCUGAAAGCGUUUAAGAAUGUAGAUGACUCCUUCGGGGCCAUCUUAAAGUGUAACCAAUGGAGGAAAGACUACGGAGUUGAAACAAUCAACCCUACGUCUUGUCCGGAAGUUGAUGCUGAGCUCAGCACCAGAAAAGUGGAGCUACUUCGGCACCGCGACCGGCAUGGAAGACCAAUGAUUUUGCUACGGGUAAGACAUCACAAAGUGGCAGAAAAGAACAAAGAAGCCUUGACAAAAUGCAUGGUAUACAUUCUGGAAUCAGCAUGCAAGAAGUGCAAUGAAGAUGUUAUUGACAACGUUUGUGUACUGUUUGACAUGCGUAAGUUCAGCAUGGCCAGUAUGGACUACGACUUUGUCAAAACCCUGAUCUGGCUGCUAUCCACUAGAUACCCAGAGCGGUUAGGAGUGUGCCUGGUCGUCAAUGCCCCUAUGGUCUUCCAGGGAUGCUGGGCUGUCAUACGACCCAUGUUGAGUGACAUUACAGCACAGAAGGUUGUUUUCAUCAACGACGAGAUGGCGCUAGCCAACUACCUCUGCCCGGACGCCCUACCAGACAAUCUCUUUGAGGAGCUAAGCUGAACCCAGCACACAAAGCCCCCGUCAUGUCCAUCAGGAAGUGUGUUCAGUACAAACAUGACCAACAGAUAUUGAUGAUUACUUAAAGAAACUAAAAGCCAAAGUAGACCAAUAGUAUUCUAAGUGUCCACUUUCUCCAUCUAUGACAGAUGUUUCCACACUGUGCUUUCAAAAGCUGGUCCUGGGGUAGACUUGAAAUCAAGUCGGUAACUGGCCUGGUGUAGUCCACCUUCCUCGCGAUGCGUAUGUACCGGUGCGGUUCGGCGUGCAGUUUAAUAACGUGGGGGAACGGUCAGUGCAACCACGCUCCACAAUGGCCACGCAUCGUAUCCGGGCCAGAUCAUGAGUGCGGAAAGCUGAAUCACGAGCAACGGUGAACAGGCCCAGCAUGAAUUGUAAAACAACGCAGUAUGCUGGCUCAUAUCGGUUGUUCUGGAUGACAAACACAACUGACUAACAACUUGAUUUCAUGACUAGUCCGGGGGGAUCACAUUUUACCAGAUAUUCUGAAGGCAGGCAUUGUUUGAGAACAAAAAAAAUUGACAUCGUUGUAGGACGUUUCGUGGAUUGCACGAGCACUUUAUUUAACAGGCGAGUCGCCCUCGGGGCGUAGUGACGAUGUCAUUCUGGUUGUUCUCCAACAGUGCUUUCCAUUCUGAAAGCACAUAUAACAGCAAUUAAUACCUGACCCAAUCAGAAAUCGUAUAAAGAAAGUUUGCUGUUCCCCCAUUCUGACAGAAAGUUUAAAAAGAUGGAUGACCAACUGACAACGAAAGUGUGAAGGGUCAACUCAUUCAUAUGCUAGAGGGUCACAAAUCUGUUCUCAAUAAGUUCAUACCAAGUACUACUUCAGAACUUAUUAGUUGCAACAAUAUGUAGGAAUAACAGGACACUCCUUUUUAGGCAGGGUCACAAAAAGGUUUGACGACGACGACUUUCUCAUUAACGUUCAUUCAGACCUGCACAACAGGUGACUUAAGUGAUUUACAUGUUAGUUAUUUUUGUGAUUAUUUUAUGGGUAACUGAUUUUUACUCUGGUGGUGUUAGUGGGACUUACUGGAAUUGCAAAAUUAUUACUAAAAUGAGAUUAUCUUGAAUGAACAUCUCGGGUUCAGUUUUGUAUGGCAUCAGAUUUUGGGACUGACCCAGGUCUGCCCAGGGACGUGCCUACAGUUCUGUCAUGGGUCUGACUCCUUGAUUAAAGACAUUCUCCGAUAUGGAUUCCUUAGGUACUUGAAUAGAAAGUUUUCAGACAAGAAUUAAUAAUGAAUAUUUGUGAAAACAGUUCACUGUAGUAAUGUGGAUGUGUACAUGUAUGUGCCUUCAUGAAAGGCAUACAUUAGUAGUAAAUAUGAGAAGAUCGUGCAUACAUGUGAUUAGUUUUGCCCUCUGUCAAUGUUUUCAUUUUGGAAUUGCUCUGAUGGAAAUGUGUACAUGUAUUUAUUUUUAUAGCACAUUAAAUGUAAAUACAUUAAGAGCUGUGACAGAAAAAAGCUGGAAUUUUUUGCUUCAAGGUAACAAAACACUCUGGGAAAAGGUAUGUAUUUCAGUGAUUUUUUUUUACAGAGUGUUUAUUUUAAACGAUUACAAUUUCCAAAUAAAUUCCAGAAAUGACUCUCUGCAGCUGUUUGGAGAGUGUACACCAUUUUUCAUCUCCACACCAUUUUUCAUUAGAAUGACAAUUUUUAACAGAUACCCGUAGAUGUCUGUACAAAAUUGUGUCUACACAUGUGAACAUCAUGUCCUUUAAGCUGAGCCAAAAUGUACCAUGUGUGUGUGUAUUUUAAGAUUUUUGAUGCCUUUUUUCAUUGUAUUUCUAUUGUUAGUUUGGAUGAUAAUCACGUAGUUGGGUAGUAGAUAAAUUUAUGUAAAAAGUUGUUCCCGUGUUGAAUAAAUCCUCCAGAACACAAAAAAUGUAUAAAAAUC